UUAUAUGUCUACAUAUGCUCUGUCCAGGAUGCCAUGUGAGCCUCAUUUAACCUAAAAGUAAUCCGACCAAAGGUCCUGAGCUGCAGUUCAUAAUGACCUCCAAUGCGUUUGAAUUUCAAAUCAUGAAUUUUCCCCAUAGGAAAUGAUGAAAAACUACAGGUGUUAUGAUGAAACUGUUAUUAGCUUUAGCCCCUUUUACAGAGCCUGUUCAUGUCGAGUGUGCAGCUUUUUUCCGCCUUGCUGUUUGGCAUAACAACAGUGACAUAAAAUGGGGUGGGUCGUCACUCAGCCAAUAUUCCACUUUCGGAGGUACUGUCAGAGCCAGAGCCAUCUUGUGUAAAACGGGAAGCUGUAACGUUGGUUCAGUGGUGUGAGAUUUCAUAUUCUACACUCACUCUCCUCCUUAGUGUUGUGUUGAAGCAAUGUUGCACUCCAUAUAGACCGUUUAGUCACUGACACAUAUGUUCCAUCAUACGUGCACAUUACGUGGUCAAGCAUGAGAGAAAGAGGGAGAGCGAGCAACAUGUACAAUGUUACUGUUAAAGAUGGAAAUACAAACUUGUUUAACUACACAAGCCAAAUCACACUAAAAAAUACGGCCGAGCUAAGCAAAGCUGUUAUAUCAUAAAAAGUAUGUUUCUUUAGACUGGGAUAUGUGUUGUUAAAUAUUGUUACAGAACAUGUGCAUUUAGUGUUUGAAUAUUAAAUGAGAUGUAAUGAAUAUCUGCAAGCCGCAAUCAAUGCAACAUUUUUAGUAGGGAUGUCCCGAUUCAAUAUUGAUAUUGGAUAUUGGGCCGGUAUCAGCAAAAAACCUCCCCAACAAUAUCGGAUUAUAUCCCAGCAUCUCAAAUCUUCAAUAUUGGCAAUCCGAUAAAAGCAGUCGAUUUCAAACUCUGCCCCAGCACAUCUACCCAGCAGCGACUCGAUAGAGCCCAUGUAAUGACAACAGCAGUGUUUGCUAGCGUGCUAACAAAGUAUCAAGGAGCACGAGUGAUGUCAGCAGUGUGGCAGUAAAAUGACGUUGCAGCUGAGUACAAAACUUCAUACACAAGUUUCCCGUGGUGGCACAGAACUGUGGACGUUUAAUACAACCAUCCUCAUCGUGCAUAUGAAGUGGCAUCACACGGGAAACUUCCACGGGAUGGCAAAAAGUCAUUAGCUAUAACAGAAAAGAGCGAGCCCCUGUCAAUGGUGAGUAAUGUUGGGUUUAAACGUUGCAUUGAGCACUUCCAACCUCGCUAUAUUAUGCCUAGCUGCCACUACAUUGUGGAGCAAACUAUACGUCACAUGUAUAAAUAAGUAAAUGGGUGAGUUUUUCUCAUACCUACUGUUGUGGACUAUGGUUUUCUGUUUGAGUAAUAUCACUUGAUCAAGCCUUUUCUAACACUCUACACUACAAAGUGAAUAAUACAAGUAUGUGGUUUGUGUUGAUCAGUAUCGGUAUCGGACGAUAUUCGAGGUUGCAAUAUCUGUAUCGUAUCAGACGGAAAAAAAACUUGUAUAGGAACACCCCUGAUUUUUAGAAUAAUGUCAAAUAUUGUAAUAUUGCCAAGAAAUAUGGUGAUGUAGCAUAAUUUUGAGGUUAUAUCGUCCACCACUGAUCUGAUAUUGAAUUGAAAAUGGUUUGCUUUGGUCAAGGUGCUUAGUGCAGUGUGGCAUAGCAGCAAUGGCUACAUCUGCAACUACCACAGCUCCAUACAUUUGUUGUCACUUGCACGUUCACAGUAUGUAUGAACUCUGUAGCGUUCAUGUACUGUACAGUGUGUUUUUUGGGUGGGUCAACUGGCUGUAACCUUCAUUAUCGUCUACAUGACAACUUGUUCACAUCCUUUGCCUGAUGCAGACGACUUGUUUGGCUUUGAGGUUCAAAACAUGUGUUCUAUUCAUAAGCAACAAUCUCAGAAAGAAAAACAUGCUGCAUAUCCACAGGAACACCAACAUGUCUAUUCUGAAAAUAGUCACUGGCCAGUUUUGACAUUUCAGCAGUUUUGGGUGUAGUAUGAUUGUAUGUUUUUCCUGGCACUUCCUUUCCUCUGUCCAGCUUUCUUACCGCUCAUCCAGCAGCAGUAGCAGCAAAAAAUGGGGUCAGAUCCACCAGUGGAUGGCUGACACAGAAAAAGCUAGAGCCACUAGUAGUAGUAGAUCAAGCAGCCGUCAUCGGGGCCAGGAUGAUGAUGUCAUGUCUGUCCGCAGCUACAGGUCAACCUCAUCAUCCAUCCGUGACUUGGCCUCAAACAGGAGUCGAUCCACUUCCCGUAGAAAAGACAUCUUGUCUGAUGGUGUGACCAAUAGCUCCACUCUCAAGAGCUCACGUUCUACUAGUUCUGUAUACAAUGAUCUACACGGCCAUAAAAAGUCUUCUAGCUCCUCCAGGAAAGAUCUGCUGACUGGACUGUACCAUGAUAAAAGAAAUUACACCAGCCUAACGAAGACCAAACUUCCGCCUCCUCCGUCCACCACCUCAUAUCAGCCACGGGCCACCACUUCCUCCUCUUCCUCUACCACUGGCACAGGGCUGCCGCGUAGCUAUAGCAUGGCCUCUAUUUAUGACGACACCGCUCUUUACGGCUCAAGCCACAGUUCAAGAGCUCCCUCUGAAUAUAGCUGGUACUCCUCUGGAGCCAGCUCCACUCGCAGCAGCCCUGCGUCUUCUUCAGAUGAUGACACUGUGAGCAGCGUGUCCCAGGAACGCUUCAGCAGAGGCCGCAGGGACAGUGCGUCGUCUGACUUCUCGGACAUUAGUGAGUCAGCAGCUGAUUAUUUCAGCCGCUCCAACAGAAGGGGCAGUAUUGUGUCUGAUCUGGAUGAUUUGAGUAUUCCAGAUCUGGAUACUGUAAGUGGCCAAUUCAGUUCCCAACGCAGAGUGAUGGAAUGAUUUCUUAUAAAUGAUGCAUGGUUUGAAACUAACAUUUGGUUUUAAAGAUUAAUCGCACAGUUGAUGAUUGUAAAUGACUAUCUUGUGAAUGGGUGAGUGUAUCACAUUAAGAAGUUUGAGUAGCUAAUAAGUGGAAGUGGUUGCAGUGCAAUUUUGUUUUAUUAAAUGUCAUAAAUUGUGCCUUCUGUUGAAUUAGCUAUUUGUUGUUUCACUGUUCUGCCACUAGGUUUUGUGUGUACGCGUUGUUAGAGUUGUGCAUAAACGUACCCAUUUUCCUACUCUUAAGUACACGUAGAUAAAUCCCAUACUUUACUUUCUUACGCACACUCUACGCACACAUCUCUGCAGGGGUUUGCUUCAUAACAUAUCAGAAAGAGGCAAAAAUGUUGAUUGCUCUUUUCCAAAGUGAAAGCUGGUGUGUGUGACUGUCUUGUUUUGCCUGAAACACAAAGAUAACAGGUCUGCUUUCAUGGAUGACUAAGGAAAUAACAUUACAUUUUUAAAUGAAACGAUUAAUUAUUACCAAAAUAGUUGUCCAUUAAUUGGAUAAUCGAUUAAUCAUUGAUUCAUCGGUGAAUUGUUGCAGCUCUAGUCUUAGCAUUAUUUGGUUAAAAAAAAAAAAGUAACAAUAUCAUUAGCAUAAAUUUGUAGGACAAAAAACAUUUGAAAACGCACCUGCAAUGUUUUGUUAUUCGGUUGAAUAAACUCUGCCCAGUCAUAUUUUUUAUGGUACUUAUCUGAAAAUUAAUCUCGUCUCAUUUUGUUCUCAUCGACCCAAUCUCUUGACAUCCUUAGGGAACACUCAGCACUUAUACUGACUCACUUGGACUAACUACCUCAAUUUUCAGAGGGGAGAACCGCUCCGAGCAUGAUCACUAAUUGUCUCUCCCUUCUUAAAAUAGUCAGCA